AUGCCACGACCACGACCAUUUGCCCGUUCCGACGGCUGCACCACCGACGCACAGUGCGCUGGAACUCAUCGUGCACCUCGAGAAUGCACGCCUGUGCUGGCAGCGUCGUGGCCCGAGGUGGCCGGCAGCGCCCUUCAUCAAUCCUGCUCGGGCGAAUUGGCCCGCCUCCUCUUUGCUCCUGCGCAUGAAUGCCCCGUCCAGUAUCCCGGCGCCGGCUCGGGAGGAGCGGUCAGAAGAUCGCGCUCUGCUCGCAGCCUAAUCGGGGCAGAGGAUGGACCCCUACCCGACGUCGAAUCUAGCGCAGGAUCGGCGAGAUUCGAGAUGUGGGCGAAAUCCUGGUUUGACAGACGACGGCCGGCACAAGCAUAUCGGUUCUCACCAUUGCUGCGAGGCCUCGAGAAAGCGACCGCCGCUAGAGACUCCGUCCUCGUGUGCAACACCACCACCUCUCGUGCUACGUUGCGAAUCACAUUGCCAUCAGCAUGCAAUGGCCGCCUCUUCGGCUGCGUGUUGCAGAGCCUGCUGCAACGGCCCCAACGGUCAAAGACGGCGCCCAGACCGCCAUUCGACGAAGCACCUCCACGACCUUCCGGAUCAUGCUGUGCUCCAGCUCGGAUACCACUUCAUCUAUGCCAGAGCCAACCGCUCCACGCAGAGGCAUCCACACGGCCCUCACAUGACUGGCGGCCAAUGCGGGCGUUGAUCUUUUUCGCUCCUCGUGCUCAGCUUCCACGGCAAAGAUGA